AUAAGUUUAGCUGCGAUGCUCGUCAGCGAGAGUAGGUGCUACUUUACUAGCAAUAUAUGGCGACAUUCAAGUUGGUAAGGUGUUGCCUUACCACAGACAUCAAAAUGAGGAAGUUACGAUGGCGCCAUGCAACGCUCUUCUUCUCAUGCUUUCCCCCCCCGGCUUCACAGACUCGAAUAACUCACCAUUGAGUGUUUUCAUCCAGGUGAUUUAUCCCUGCUUGCAGGGAUCACUCUCAUUGAGUCAAGUUUUAUGGUUACAAAAUUGGCAUAGCCUAUAUCACUCCUUAUCAUAAUGCGACUUUUCAUCCUUCUUACCAUCGUUUCGCUCAUACCUCUCGCGCUCUCCCUGCCCUCGACUGUCAAACCAACGAAUGAAAAUGCGCUUUUGAAAUUCUUGGAGUUUACGAACCGUCGCUUUCUGUCGCUUAUCACACCGAAUAUAUGGAUGAAACGGCACGUCAAUGUGGGAGAUCGUUCCGACUUGGUCGGAGACCACAUACCGCAACGAACUAGAGAAAUAGACAGCAUCGAAUCAGACCUUGAUCUUGCCGACAAUGUUUAUCCAUCAAUAAUUUCUAAAGCGGAGUCGAUAGAGAGCUCUACAGAGCAAAAGGAUUCGAUAGCUAAGAGUCUUAAACGGGCCAACCCUCCCCCUUCAACACCACCAAACGGUAAUUAUCGCAUCCCAAGCCUUGCUGCCGCUAUCAUAGUCACUACAUUCGCUGGUUCAGGUUUUACCUUUGUUCUAGUCUUGGGCAUCAUAAAAUGCAGACGGUACUGGACACGCCGUCAGCGCAAAAAGAAGGGCGAUUUGGCCCUUAGAUACUCCGUCACGUGUUCUAGCGAAGCCAAUUCCAGCUGGAAGAUGACUGCCAGUCGUGAGUCAUUGAUGUUUGAUGCGAAUCCUUCCUCAUCUGUGAGAUAUCUUGUCGAGCAGGAUGGAGACGCAGUCACUCGAGUAUUUCAGACAAGCAGUGCAGAUGCCUCGUCCACCAGAGCCAGGGACCCAUUAAAGAGGUUAUCAACCCCAGGAUGGCUGCCAGAAAGGGAGAAUCGGGUAUCUACUCACAAGCCAAUAGUCGUCCCAUCGUCACUAAAACAUGUCUCCUCGCUCAAAGCCGUUCCUGUGGCGGAGGGCACGAAGGAUAGCUCGCAUGUCAUAGAAAUCCCGUCGCCCGGUUUUUGGGGCUCGCCGCUGCUGGAGACUUCAUCAUGUGCGACUGAUACUCUGUCACCGAUGACUACAACAACGGCAACAACUUCAACAUUGACAAACCAGUCCAGAUAUACUUCUUCUGUUCCCGCGGCAUCCCCGUCUAUCUCGCCACUCACCCUGCAGCCAACAAAAUCCCCGCUGACACCGGUUUCCAGUUAUGGGGCCAAUCUAGGCGCUGCGACCUCGAACACCAGGUCACAAGGUGACGGUAAAAAAAGACCGACGAGUCUUCUUGCAAUAGCCUUUGAUUCGAGCAUUCUCUUUGGACUGCCGCCUAUUGAGCAGACGACUUCGCUUCUGGCCGAUUUCGAAGAUGGAUAUAACACUUAAACAACACUACGCAUCACGGUCUAAGCGUCCUGAGUGUACUUUCAGAUAGGCGACUGUUUGAUGUGUGUUUGAUACGGAGAGGAUAUGCCAAAUGGCUCCGGUGUCUCUAUCUCUCCUUUUGUGCUAGGCUCACUUUGAAAAGGUUUCAUAGUCGUUCAAUUUGUUGGGAGAGGUAGUAGAUAGGAUACUCUCACUUCGGAAAAAGAAUCAGCCAGAGCAUCUAAUAUAAUAGGUUGCUUUCAUGCGAGAAAUCGCAGGGUCAGAAAGCAAGCUAAAUCCUUAGGCUGAGCCCGGUCAUGUCUUGUCCAUUAUUAGUCGCACACUGUACAUUAUGUAUAUUAGUCGGAUGGGUUCAACAGGAGUACAGUCAGGUCAAAU